CCCCAAUGGCUGAUAUCGGGGCCGAGCCUCUUCGGCAGCUUCCGGAAACCCGGAAGGGAAACAGCCGAGCGCCAUCGGUUACCUCCGGCGCGAUGGGCUGCCGAAAGAAGAGCUGAGUGCAUGGAGCAGUCCUCAGCCGGUAUGGGACUAUUCUCGCGAGCUCUCUGCGCGGCCCGAAGCUGCCGGGCAAUCGCACUGCCUGCCUGCAACUACCAAGCUGUGUCCGGCAGGGGCAGCGCGGCGGCAAUACGUCCGCAACAGCCGCGGCGUGGGCUGAGCGCCCGGCCUCGCUUAGACGAACUGUUUGCCAUCCCUUCCUUAAGCCGCCUCCUGGAGGCGCGGGUGCAGGGCGAGGCCGGAACGGAGCUGGCGGCGCGGAUCCAGCAGCUGCGUGACAAGGAACGGGAGCUGCGAGACACGCGGGAGCUGGCACUACAAGAUGAAAGUGAAGAUCUGCGGAAACUUGCAGAAAGGGAAAUCGUUUCCUGUGAAGAAGAGAUCGCUGAACUGAAACGCCAGAUAGUAUUGCUUUUGAUUCCUUCAGAAGAAACAAACAGUGGUCUUGUCAUGGAAGUAACUGCGGGAGUUGGAGGACAAGAAGCGAUGCUGUUCACUUCAGAGAUAUUUGAUAUGUACCGACGAUACGCUGCCUAUAAAAAGUGGAAAUUUGAAAUACUAGAAUAUUUUCCCAGUGAAAUAGGUGGCCUAAGACAUGCAGUUGCCAGUAUAGCAGGCCUUGAUGCUUACAAGUACAUGAAAUUUGAAGGAGGAGUGCAUCGUGUUCAGCGUGUGCCAAAGACAGAAAAACAAGGGCGCAUUCACACCAGCACAAUGACUGUUGCAAUAUUACCCCAACCCACUGAGAUGGAGCUGAAAAUCAAUCCAAAAGAUUUGCGAAUAGAAACGAAGAGAGCUAGUGGAGCUGGAGGGCAGCAUGUCAAUACCACAGACAGUGCUGUUCGGAUAGUUCAUAUUCCAACAGGGGUCACAUCUGAAUGUCAGCAAGAAAGAUCUCAAAUUAGAAACAAAGAGAAGGCUAUGCAAAUGCUUUGUGCUAAACUGUACAACAUCAAACUAGAAGAAGAAACCAGAAAGAGAAACAGUGUUCGAAAGAUUCAAAUUGGAACUAAAGGAAGAUCAGAGAAGAUCAGAACAUACAACUUUCCACAGGACCGGAUUACUGACCACAGGAUAAGCAGAUCAGUGCAUCAUACAGAGUGCUUCAUGUUAGGGGAAGAAAUGCUAGAUGAAAUGAUACAAACUCUGAAGGAAUACGCUGAUUAUGAAUCUUUAAUGGAAAUUAUUUCAGAACAUGAAAAAUGAAUCUUGCACUUUGUCAAGCCAUGUCUACAGGUAGAGAUACUCGCCUGCAAAAGAACUCCUUGGAGCACUAUUCAGACAACAGAACUGCUUUUCAGAUAAUGAAAGCUGGUUUCCUCA